ACGAAGCUGCGGGAGGACUGGCUGACUUGUUGAGUAACCGGUGUAAAUAAACUCGCUCUACAUUCUACAUAAUGUUGGCCUGUAAGCGGAGUUUGACCAGCACCAUGGCGUCUGCCUUCCGGGUUCUUCGCAGUGAUCGAGUUGUUGUGUGCAGCCAGGUGCAGAGGCAUCUCUCCACGCAAACAGACGGAGAAGUCCGCAUCGCAAAGAUACUGAGGGAGAAGUUUCCGUCGGCCUCGUCACUCAAAGUUGCGGAUAUAUCAGGUGGUUGUGGGGCCAUGUAUGAGAUUCAUAUUGAGUCCAGCGAGUUCAAAGGAAAAAGGACAGUGCAACAACACCAGUUAGUCAAUCAGGCUCUCAAGGAUGAGAUUCAAGGAAUGCAUGGACUGCGAAUAUUCACUGAUGUUCCAAAGCAUUAGAGCAAGUCCUUCCACUGUUGACCCACAGCUUUUUCCUUUGUUCACCACUAUUAUGAAUGUACAGUUGUAAAGAGGAUAUUGUGUAGUAAAUGAAAUCCAGUGAUAAUUGUUGAUGUGCCUGUGGCAGAAAUACAGAAGGACACUGUCUCUGGCAGUUACAGUGAGACAGUGAGAAAUGUGUAACACAUGUAAGAAGCUAGCCUUUUAUUUUUAACUUGUGAGAUAAUAUUUACAGCCAAUGAAAGCUAUGAUACGCACAAAACGACUUGGCAAAAUGCUAGUGAAAUGUCAAGUCAUGUUGGUCUUCUCAGGGUUGAAGUGAUGCUAGUGUAAUGAAAAGCAGUCCAGGAAGAAAUAAAUAUAACCAUCUUGAAUAUUGGAGAAUUGCUGUGGAGACCCUCGUUUAAAACAGAGGGAAGAUUCAGUUUGUGAAGCAUUACUUUGCAACAUCACUCCCUCUGUUGUCACAAUGCAUGUGUUACAGUCCCUUGAAAGGUAAUUGAUUUUAAAUUGGUGACAGUCCAUUGGCUUGCACAUGGCCCUUGUAUUUAUGCUACCUAUGCACCGAUAAUUCAAGUUGCAAUAAAAAGCAGCUGCUUUUCUCCCACACGCCUCUUGACAUGGUAAAACUGGAAUCAUCUAGUUAAAUUAAUCUCAGUACGUAAAAAUCAUAAGAUGAUUGGAUUCACUUUUUGAUUUAUCGCUUUUAGUGGUUAUACACUUAUAUGGAAUAUCAGCACUGAAAACAUAAACAUUGUUUAUAUUAUGCUACUGCUUUGAGGCUGUUGGAACGAAAAGUUCGGUUUGCGAUCUUUGGAGAAAAAAGCUAAAGUUAAUUAAUAGGUAAUUUUGGGUUAAAGCAUUUGUUUAAACAGUUCAGCAGCAUUGAAGUUGACCACAGAGGAAGCAAUUAGUAAGUAUGUGUUCUGAGCAUUAAAGCUUGACCAAUAUACAUCGACUGGGCUGAUAAGAAACAGGAAACAUUGAUAUGUAAAAGCCAAAGAUAUAUUUGGAGUAAUGUAGAAUCUGUGUCACCAUAUAUUGUCCAGCACAGGACGCUGGCAAUUUACAAUUUUGUAGUUGCUCUGUAUAUGUAGAUCACAAUUCUUCACUUCUCUUCCAAAUUUAAGCAAGCAAGUAUUGGUUUAAAAAUGUAAAUAGCGAGCACUGCCCAGUGCAUUUAACAAGAACCUAUAGAGACAUUUUCACAGUGCUUGUUUUGUCCAACCAAUCGUCCAAAUACAUAUUAAAUAUUUAAACACAAAUAA